AUGGACGGGUACGGUCAAAGGUCUUACGGUGGUGAUAGGAAGUUCGAGAUUGUAAGUGGAAAGAGUGCUAACCAGAUCUACUCGACUCGCCCGCACUCGCCCGAUCCGCCACCGGUUGCGCCUCGCGCGACCAGGCAGGGUCGGACCACGUCCACGCCCUGGAGUUUUAGUGAUCCUGAAAUGAAGCGAAAAAAGAGGAUUGCCAAGUACAAGGUUUACACAGUGGAAGGUAAAUUCAAGGAUUCUCUAAAGAACGGGCUGCGUUGGAUCAAGAACAAGUGCUCUCAGAUCGUCCAUGGAUACUAA